AUGAACGAGAAGUCAGACCCUAAUGCCAUACCAACAACAAAAGAACAACGCCGAACAUCCACAACGAGGUAUCUAAAGUUGAGCAGAUUACCCACUUUGCAGGAAGUACUAGAUAGACGUACGAGACCACCCCUCGAUCUUUUCUGCUUCUACAUAUUCCUUCAACGUGAAUCUGCGGAAGAUGCUUUGGACUUCUGGCUGGAUGUUAAACAGCAUGAAAAUAUGUGUAAAGCAUAUUUCAAGGAUAUAAAACGAUCAGGUAGAACAAUCGACGAAGAAUGGCCUGAAUUCGCCAACUACGCACGUACCAACGGAUCUCACUUCUCACCUUUACUUUCCCUCUCUACCUCUGCCACCCCUCGUCAACCCAAUUCGCCUAAUCCUGCUCAAGGGGAUUUCUCACCUCGAUCAAACCAAGGUGAAUUCGAUUCACCCACAUUGGGAGGUACAACGAGAGAAAGGAGAGAUACAGAAUCGCACGGCAACGCUCCUAGAUCAAGUAUGUUAUCGCCUGCACCAUCAUCUACGAUGAACGAACUGGGUAUGGGUAGACCUCAGAAUAGGGAUAGACCUUCGAUGACUCCAAGUGGGAAAAUGUCAUUGAGAGGUAAAUUUGGAGGAGGACACGUUCCCAAGACCAAGGCUCCGACGGUGAUUGCUAGAGAUAGAGCUAUUGAGAAGAGUGCGUUGAUAGCUGGAGCGGAAAGGAUUUAUUUGAGGUAUCUCUUACCGGGUGCAGAGAGGGAAAUCUAUUUACCCCCUUCCCUUCGUAUUCAUAAUUUCCCAAUAUCCACCUCUGACUCAGCCUCGCCAUUGAUACCUGACUUAUUCCACGCUCAGAAAGUAUACAUCUUCAAAGCUUUAGAACAAGAUGCUUUCCCCCGAUUCCUCCGAGCCAAGGCAUUCGGCAACCUUACACCGUUAGGAUCGUUCGUCAGGUUGAUAGUUGGAUUAGUCUGUCUAUGGGGUGGAUUCGUAUUGGCUUUUUCGUUGAUAUUUUUGGACUGGAAACCUAGAUUAACAAGGUUAUGGACAAUCCUCCCUUUCAUAGUCGCCCUCAACCUCCUUCUCUCCUCGUACUACUCCCUCUCACCCUUACUUGCCCUGCUCAACCGAUCCGAAACUACCCCGUUUAGACAUAUCAAAGUGAAAGAACCAUAUGUUAGGAAAUUGUUGACGAUCAGAGCAUUGUGGAUCGAAUUAGUUUGUAUUUUGAUUACUGCUAUUUUGGUGGUGAUCUUUACGGUAGUUCCGGGACAUAGGUUAUAG